CGCGCCCGCCCGCUCACUCGAUCAGUCAGUCGCGCGUCGGUUUGUGGCAGCCGUAAACCUAACUUGAAUAUUUCUAGUAAUUAAUACAAAAACCAGAACAAUCAUGAGCACCAAUGAAAAGAACAGUGAAGUGUCAGUAGACAAGGUCGGAGACGAAAAGUCGGGGGACGCUAAACGUGACCUAAAAGGAGCCAAAAGGGCAGCAGAGGAAAAAAAUGUAGAGGCGAAAAAGGCGCGAAAGGAAGAAAAUGGCGGCGGCGGGGAAGACGAGGGUCACAGUGAUGAGGAUGACUUAGAAGGAUUCGAAGGAGAAGGUGACGGAGAAGAGGAUGACGAUGAAGAAGUCGAGGGUGAGGAAGGUGAAGAAGAUGAGGAAGAAUUAGGGGAGGGAGAGGACGACGAUCUCGAAGAUGACGAAGUAGAAGAAGAAUUAUUAGGGGAAGAAGAAGAGGAUGACGCGUAAUACGCCUCGUGCUCUUUGUAAGGACAAUGUCACAGUGAAGUUAUACAGUGUAUGUGACGCCCCGGACUGGCGCGGCCGCGCUUCGCCCCAACUGACCGCCCGACCGACAGCCGACACGCAGCCAGUUGGGAACACGCGUGGCCGACAUCACUCCCAACUAAAACGGGUGCACUAAUAUUUGAAUGACAAAAAUGCAAUUAAGUCUAAUCGAAUGAUGAAGAAUAAUUUUUUUAAUAUAAUUUAAGUUCGGUACUAUGAUGCUGUAUCAAUUUUUCACAGUGCGCUGAAACAAUUUUUAUGAAUUAAGACUUAGUAGAAUACUGUUGAAUUUUGUCAUGAAAUGUACAAAUGUGUUUUUGGGAAGUAAACUUUAUUUCUAAGUGAAAUUCACUUCUGUAUUUAGGUUAACCUGUAAGCCCUAAUGGUGAAGUUGUGAUAUUUUUCUAUACACAGUAGCAUAAAUGUUCACAUUUCAUUGAAACUAGAAAUAACCCGGCACGGCUGUAUUGAAUUUAAUUAAUAAUAUAGAGAAUAAGCGAUUAAGUCACAAAGCUCAAUUCUUCAUUUUGUUGUUGUCGAUGAGAGUUUGUGUGUACAUAUUUUAGUGUAAGGGAAGCCUGAGAGUUUAAUCCGUUAAUGUAAAAAUAGUGUGAUUAAUUACAUCCAAGACAACUUAUUUCAAUAAAUGGUAACUUGUUGUGUUUUCUAAACCUUCGCUACUUGGUCGACUCCUGAAACUCCUUUCGUAUAGUGUAAUCGUACUCGGAAUACUCUACGUAGAGCUGAAGCACGGUCGGGAGUCGGGCACCCACGUCGCGCGUACCGCGUGUCGCAACCGUCGGUACCGCGCACGUAUUCGUUGCAAAUAUUAGAAAAACAUCACAAUUUUGCCAUUAUCUGUAGACUAGCACGUCGCGCCCGCCGCCCGCUCCCCUGCGACUGAUAAAGAGAGCGCGACGGCGCGGCCCGAUAGCGAUGCUGACACCUAAAACCUGCCUGUAACUUUGUCCAUAAUAUUGAUAAAUUAGGAUAGCUCCCGCAGUUCGGUAUUCCAUUGUGUGAGGUGUGGAAUAAGAGAUUCCUAGGUUAUAAAGAAUUAGUGUGUAGGUUGGUACUUUGUGGUGAUUUUCGAGGAAGGGACGCUCGGAGCGGCGGCGAGGCCGGCGAGGAGGGCGAGUGGCGUCGGUCCCGCGUGGCCUCGUUCGAUUUGCGCGCCCCCCGCCCGCGCGUCGACGCCCGGCGCCCGCCACGCCGCGUCGCGCGCGACCCCCCGCCCCGCGCCGCCGGCCCGACGCAUCCGGCUGUCUCCGAUCGAGUUCUCGCCGGCCGCCGGCCGAUUCAGCGAACACAAAUCUUGAAUGACUAUAUUUUUUUACUUCACGCGGCGGCGCUCGAUCGAGACGCGGAGUGAUUAGGACGAGCAUUUAGCGAAAUUGUCAUCUGUACUAAAUACCUGACCUUAUUUUAAUUAGGAUUGACAUUUUUAAUAAAUUUUUAGUUACUUAUUAGAUUCAUUUUAUUGAUUAUGGUUUGUCACUUUCAUUUUUUACGGUAAGAAUGAGCUGUCGCAUAUUAUGUACUACUAAUGUGAAUACCUUAGUACGUUUUUAUUUAUUUGUGAUGUUGAACACUAUUGAUUUUGUACUAAGUAUGGACGAAAUGUAAAUACAACCGAUUUUAAGUAAACCGUUAUUUUGUUU